AUGAGAUUGCUUCGACUCACCCAGGACGGCUAUGCUUUUCACGACUUCUUGGAGCCCGAAAAGGUCACCUACGCUAUCUUGUCGCAUAGGUGGUAUGCCGAGGGCAAAGACGUUUUGUUCGACGACAUUGCGAACCAGCACCAACCAUCGCUAGCUUCUAGGCAGGGCUGGAAGAAGUUGAACUACGCUUCUACUCAAGCGGCCAAAGAUGGUAUCGAAUACUUCUGGAUUGAUACUUGCUGUAUUGACCGGAGGAACAGUGCUGAGCUGAGCGAGGCAAUUGAUUCAGUGUACUACUGGUACUCAUCCGCUACAUACUGCUACGUAUAUCUUUGGGACAUCGGUCCAACAUGUCCCGAGUUGGCCGGCCGGUCCAUGAGUACAAUCCAACCAGACCACCACCUGGAAUUGUUUCUCGACAGCGACUGGUUCACGCGCGGAUGGACGCUACAAGAAAUGAUUGCUCCUCCAGAGGUACGCUUCUACGGCGAAGCCUGGAAUCUCAUUGGCACGGCUGAGCAGGCGGCGGUAGCUAUCGCAGCCAAGACUAGAGUUGCUGUCGAAGCUUUAAAAGGAUCCGUCAAUCUUCAUAGGUACUCCAUCGCCCAAAGAAUGUCGUGGGCCGCCAGUCGUACGACCACGCGCGUUGAGGAUCGGGAAUAUAGUCUACUGGGUCUGCUGGGGAUAUCUAUGCCCAUACUGUAUGGCGAAAGGCACAAUGCGUUCAUACGACUUCAAGAGGACAUCAUCAACAACGUUGAUAAGUCGCCUGGUCGUCUACUUGCGGACUCUCAGGCGGACUUUGCCAGUAGCUCGAAUGUAGUCCAGCUAGGGAGAUCACAUUAUGAGAUUGACCGUGGGAUGUUCAACUUGGAUAACCGAGGACCGCAUUGUUCGUUUCCCAUCUUUGAGGCAGCUGAUGGUAGGUUGAUCCUGCAGCUGAAAUGCUGGGAAGACGGCAUGAACAUAGGUCUCAACGUCGCAAUGCGAUCUGCUGCUUCACAGCAACCUACCAACUCGAAGCGUGGCUCCGCCACCAGUAGGAGCAAUGUGCUUGCAGACCUUAAAGCAGCCAGAGUGGCAGAGGAAAGGAGCGUGUUUCUUGCUUUGGCACGUUACCACGCCAAGGACGCACUUGACCCGAGUCGGGGCUACUUACGACUUCAUGAACGCGGAACUCACGCAAGGAUACUGUUAUUCGACAGCAACAGCUUUGGAAAGCACGACGGGUUCCGCAUCAACAGCAGCGGACGCAACCUUUUGAUUGCUCGGCACGUCGAUGACUCCCGCUUCUGUUGGAGUUCGGCAACGCUCCAUGCUCAGCUCUCGGCAAUUUCUGAUGGCAGACCUCAGCUGGUUGCGAUAGAGAGCUAUCCUGGAGACGAGGACCAGAUCAACCGCUCCAAGACAGGCGUCGAGGUUACGACCAAGCCUAUUCCUAUUGCUGUCGGACGGCACUACAUCGGAGCGCUCGCGCUGAGGAUGGAGGGCUCGAAUAAGAUCGUUCACGUGUCGUACAUGAUCCAUCGUAUGCCGCUGCAGCUUGACCAUCGCAGUCUACCUGCCUGGGAGGGCUCGAUGAUGAUGCAACUGUUUGCUAAACCUACACAAACCUUACGAAGAAGUGCAGAGAUGGCGUCAGAAGGUUCUGCUGUGGCUCGGAAGGUCGACGAUUCUUCACAAUCACAGUCACUGGUGUGGACUCGGCGUUCCGUUCUCCACGCCAAGCUUGAGGCCUGUGUUACAAAAGGUCCGGCAAUAUGUUGUUGA